UCCGUCGUAUGGCGCAUGCGCAGCCCCGCUUCUUCCUGAGUGCCACGGCCAACAGGGGCGCCGAGGCGGCACACGCGCGUCCGGGAGGCGGAAGAGGAGGAGGAGGAGAGAAGCUUCCUGUUCCGGGGCAGCCCCCUCGCGACACCGUACUAGAGUCGGUUUCUGCCUGCGGGGGAAGGAGCAGGAGUGCUGCCCCAUGGCUGUUCGGGGGAAGGUGGCUGCCUUCAACCUGCCUCCUCUGCCAACCGUUGGCGAGAUUAUUAAGCUCUUCCGACUCCAAGCACAGAAACAGCUUUCCCAGAACUUUCUGCUGGAUUUGCGGUUGACAGACAAGAUAGUGAGACAAGCUGGCAAGCUGAAAAAUGCUCAUGUUUGCGAAGUGGGCCCUGGGCCAGGAGGAAUUACCAGGUCUAUUCUCAAUGCUGAUGUUGAACAGCUCCUUUUAGUUGAAAAAGAUCCUCGAUUCAUUCCAGGAUUGCAGAUGCUGUCUGAAGCAGCUCCAGGAAAAGUGCGCAUUGUUCAUGGGGAUAUUCUGACAUUUAAGAUGGAGAAGGCUUUUCCAAAGCACUUAAAAAAGAACUGGGAGGAUGAGCCACCAAAUAUUCAUAUCAUUGGGAAUCUACCCUUCAGUGUUUCAACUCCUCUAAUCAUCAAAUGGCUUGAAAAUGUUUCCAAAAAGAACGGGCCUUUUAUUUAUGGCAGGACACAGAUGACACUGACUUUUCAGAAAGAAGUCGCAGAGAGGCUUACAGCUAAUACAGGAGGUAAGCAGCGUAGCAGACUGUCCAUCAUGUCUCAGCAUCUUUGCACUGUUGAAAACCGUUUCAUAAUACCAGGUCAAGCCUUUGUUCCAAAACCAGAGGUGGAUGUGGCUGUAGUGCAUUUCACUCCAUUGGUGCAACCAAAGAUACAGCAGCCGUUCGAGCUAGUAGAAAAAGUGGUUCGAAGUGCUUUUCAGUUUAGAAGAAAACACUGCUUCCGCGGAAUCGAGACCUUGUUUCCUGAACGUGAACGUUUGAAAAAAACAGAAGAGUUGAUGAUGGCAGCAAAUGUUGAUCCAACUCUGCGUCCUUUUCAGCUGACCAUGUCACACUUCAGAAAUCUGUGCAAUACAUACAGGAAAAUGUGUGAGGAAGACCCAAGCCUUUUUGCAUACAAUUACAGAGAAGAACUGAAGCAGAAGAAGCGGCAGAAUUUACCUAAAAGUACCAGUCAGACAGAACAAACUGAAGAGGAAAAUUAGCUGUAACAGCUGUAAUUGCAGCGAACUGAAUUUGGAUUUAACUCCUUGAUGAUGUUGACUUACAUAUUCCUACAUCUGUUCAGGUAUGGAAGAAAUACUUUUGAAAAAGUGGUGGAGAGGGCUUUUCCAUUUUAUUUAUUCAUUUCAUUCAGCUGUAGACAAAAGUUAUAGGACAGUCCAGUUACAAAGUGCCUAUAGAUGGUUCUUACUUCAGGGGAAGGGACAGAACAAAUACCCAGAACAAGGUAUGUUGGGAGAUGUGUAAUUAAGUUGGAAUAAUGAAUUUUGUAUGAAUGUGAGUGCAUUAUUGCAACAAAGAAAGUAACAAAAUUUUCAUACUUCAGCAUGUAAGAAAGAUGUUGUUUGGGGUUUUGUGCUCUUUUUAUCUGGGAAAAUCCUACUGUGCAGAGUAAUUUAAAAAACAAAACCAAAAGCCUUGUUUAAAUAUACUCAAGUGACUGGCUUACAGGAGGAUAAAGUGCACAGAUUGCCUCAAGGUCUGCUAAUACUCUUCUCAUGUAUACAGAAGCAAAGAACUUGGGAUUUUAAGCUCUAACCAGAGAAAAGCAGCAUGAUAAAAAGUAGAAAACAUGGCUAAGUACAAUACUUGUGUCUUUUACUGUACAGGCUGGUAGAGAAAAUAAAAAUACAGUCAAAUAAAAGA